AUGGCGCGAACCAGAGGAGCCAAGUCUUCCUCUCCUUCAAGCCGCAAGAGAGUCCCGCGAGGGGAGCCUGUUCCAGAACCCACCUCUGAACCUCCGCAGCAAAAAGCUGUUUCCCCUCCGGCGAAGCCCGCACCUGACGAUAACAAUAAGAGAAACAAUAAUGGUAACGGUAACGGUGAGUGUAACAAAGAUGGUAAUAGUAACGGUGAUUGUAAUGGUGACAAUAAUGGUAACGAUAACAAUGAUAAUAAUGGUGACCGUGAUGGUAAUGGUAACGAUUACAAUGACGGUGACGGUAACUGUGACGAUGAUGGUAAUAGUAUCGAUAAUGGUGAAGAUAACGAUGACUGUAAUGGUGACGAUAACGAAGACAUCACGGUCAUGAUAAUGAUCACAGUAACGGUGAUGGUAAUGGUUACGAUAAUAGUAACUGUAACGGUGACGGUAAAAAGAAUGGUAAUAGUGAUGGUAACAAUAACGGUAACGGUAACGGUGACGGUAAUGAUGACAGUAAAUGUAACGAUAAUGGAAACGAUAACGGUGAUAGUAAUAGUGAUGGUAAAGGUAAUGGUAAUAGUGAUGAUAACAGUUACGGUUACGGUUACGGCUACUGUAACGGUUACAUUGACGGUAACAGUAAUGGUGAGUGUGACAGUAACGGUAAUGGUAGGUGACUGUGACGGUAGCGGUUAUGGUGAUGGUAACGGUAACGGUGACGAUAAUGGUAACUGUCGGGGUAACAGUCACUUUAACGGUUAUGGUUACGGUAAUGAUGAUAGUAACAGUUGUGGUAACAGCUACAAGGACGGGGAUGAUAACUGUCAUGUGACAGUAACGAUAUCAGUAACGAUAACUAUUAUCGAUGACGGUAACGGUAACGGUGACGGUAAUGGUAACAAUAACGGGGACGUUGAUAGUAAUAGUGAUGGUAACGGUGAUAGUAACGGUAAUGGUGACUAUGAUGAUAAUGGUGACGGCGACAGUGAUAGUUAUAGUAACAGCAACGGUAAUGGUAAUAAUACCGAUGAUGGUGAUGAUGACGAUGACUGUAAUGGUAACAGUGACGAUGACGGAUAUGGUGAUGGUAACGAUAAUGGGGGCAGUCAUGGUAAUGGUAAUGGUGAUGAUAACGUUCACGAUUACAAUAACGGUAACGGUAACGGUGAUGGUAAUGGCAACGGUCACGGUGAUGAUAACGGUGACGAUGACGGUGACGGUGACAGUAACUGUAACAACAACGGUGAACAUGACAAUAAUGGCAAUUACGGUGAUGGUCACGGUAACGGUAACAAUAAUGGUGACAGUGACUGUAACGGUAAUGAUGAUUGUGACAGUAAUGGUCACGAUCACGGUAAUGGUGACAGUAACGAUGACGGUAACGGUGACGGUAAUUAUAACAAUGACAGGGAUAGUAACGGUUAUGGUAACAAUUACGGUGAUGGUGAUGAUAACAGUAUCAAAGAUGGUAACAGUAAUGGUAAUGGUAACAAUAACAAUAACGGUGUGGGUAAUGAUAAUGGUGACUGUAACGGUGACGAUAACGCUAACGAUAAUGGUGACGUUGAUGGUGAUAGUAACGGUAAUGGUAACAGUGACAAUCAUAGUGACGGUAACUGUAAUAGGGACGGUCAUGAUAACGGUAAUGGUGAUGAUGAUAACGUGUGA